AUGGUCAAGAACGGCACCAAAUCUGGCCGAGCGCGCUUCCGCUGUGCCAAGGGUCGUGAGUACAAACCUCAGGCCAAUCCCGAGACCCACGAAUCCAAGCGCCGCAAGACCAGCACGCAGUUUACUGGCUGCAAGUUCCAGCUUGCCGCCCGGCCUCUCCCUGACGGCAGAUGGGCUGUGAAGCUUCCUGACGGCCCAGCAGCGUUGCACAACCACGGCUGGAGCUACCCCACUGCCUUUGCUGGCGCCAGAGCGAGAGACUCGUACGAACCCGGCACAGCGGCACCGCGGGCCUCCGGUCGAUUCAUCGAUGGCCUAGAUGCCCUGGAUCCCGACAUUGAAGAUGACCAUGAUCGGGCGCUAGCGGCAGCCGAAGUAGCUGCCCACGAGGAUCAGGAAGAUGCCGUUGCUUUGGGGAAUUAG